CUUCCCUGAAACCUGCAGACAUGGGCACGGGGUCGUGCAUUAGCAGGCCUGUGGCCGGUAUACUCACCACUGCAGCCAUCAUCAUUAUCCUUAUCUUCUUGGUGGUCCUCUCUCCACAAAAGUCCAGGGCAGAUAACUGGGAAAACGACAAGUUAAAUAGCACUGACUCUCCUCAGUACUACAGUACUAAGGAUUAUGAUACUUUAGAGGAUUACAACACUUUUAGUGAUGAGGAACCUGAGUUCUUUGAGGUCUACAAUGAAAAGGACCCUCACACGGACCUUCACUUACACACUGACAAGCCAGGUCUUUGGAAGAGCUACAGGUUACCCGGCACUCUCUCUCCUCAGUACUACAAUAUAACCAUGUGGCCUCGACUGUUCAGGAACAUCUACGGCAUGUACAUCUUCACUGGACAUUCAGGAGUGGCCUUCACAUGUGUGAAAGAAACAGGUCUGAUCCUCAUUCACUCCAACAAACUCAACUACACUCUGACUCCAGAAGGACACCAUGCCAAGCUGACCGGUCUGGAGGGCGCUGAAGCUCCUGCUAUAAAGAAAACAUGGCUUGAAGUGGAAACCCAGUAUCUGGUGAUUCAGCUCAGCGAGACCCUGCAGGUUGGAAGCACCUACUGGCUCUACAUGGAAUUCCAGGGAGAACUGGCUGAUGACCUUCGUGGGUUUUACAGAACUGAAUACGUUGAGGAUGGGGUGAAGAAAAUCAUUGCAACAACAAGGAUGGAGCCGACAGAUGCCAGGAAAGCUUUUCCGUGUUUUGAUGAGCCGGCGAUGAAGGCUGUUUUCCAUGUGACCCUCAUUCACCCGUUCUCCACAGUGGCUCUAUCUAAUGGCAUGAAAAUCGGGACAGAGAUCAUAACCCCGAGGUAUCAAAGGCUUUUACAGACUAAGUUUCAACCAACUGAAAAGAUGUCGACGUAUCUGGUAGCUUUUGUCGUCAGCAAUUUUGCCUACAUAAGGACAAGAACAAAGUCUGAUGUUUUGAUUCGAGUCUGGGCUCGAAGGCAAGCCCUUGUAGAUGGACACGGGGAGUAUGCCCGGAGCAUCACUGGACACAUUCUCGAUUACUUUCAGAAUUACUACAACUCAACAUAUCCAAUGCCGAAAUCAGACCAGAUCGCCCUGCCUGAUUUCAGUGCAGGAGCCAUGGAGAACUGGGGUUUAAUCACUUACAGAGAAACCGCUCUUCUCUAUGACCCCAAAACCUCCUCCAACGAGGAUAAAGAACACGUGGCAAUUAUAAUAGCUCAUGAACUCGCACACAUGUGGUUUGGAAAUCUUGUGACCAUGAAAUGGUGGAAUGAUCUGUGGUUAAAUGAAGGCUUUGCUACCUACGUCUCGUAUCUUGGGGUCGAUGAUGUUCAGCCCACCUGGAAUAUCAAAGAUCUGAUGGUGCUGAAUGUGAUUCAUGAUGCAUUUGAGGCCGACGCUCUGUCAUUUUCUCACCCACUGUCCCUCCCUGAAGAGCAGGUCAACACUCCUGAAAAGAUUAGUGCACUCUUUGACACCAUCACCUACAGCAAGGGCGGCGCUGUGUUAAGAAUGCUGUCAGAGUUCUUAUCUGAGCCAGUGUUCGCCAGAGGACUCAGUGCCUAUCUGAAGCAGUUUGCGUACGGGAACACAGUGUACACUGACCUGUGGGGGAAACUUCAGGAGGUGGUCGACGCCGAUCCAGAGGUCAAUCUUCCAGUCACCAUAUCUGAAAUCAUGAAUCGCUGGAUUCUCCAGAUGGGCUUCCCAGUGGUCACCAUUGACACCAGAACAGGAAACAUCACCCAGAACCACUUCCUGUCAGACGCAGAUUCAAAACCAAGCAGAUCAUCGCCUUACAAUUAUGAGUGGUUUGUUCCCAUCUCCUGGAUGAAGAAUGGAACUCUCAUGGACCGAUACUGGCUGCUUGAGAAAAACGCUACUCAUGAUCCUAUGAAGACGGACAACGAGUGGUUGCUGGCAAACGUGAACGUUUCAGGAUUUUACAGGGUUAACUAUGAUCCCCAAAACUGGCAGCGUCUCCUCUCACAGUUAUCUACAGACCAUUCAGUAAUACCUGUACUCAACAGGGCUCAGAUUGUGGAUGAUGCUUUUAACCUUGCAAAGGCAAAUAUAAUCAACAUCUCUGUGGCUCUGAGAACCACCAGUUAUCUCUCUGAGGAGAGGGAGUACCAGCCAUGGAAGUCUGCCACAAAGAACCUCAACAACCUCUUCGACAAGUUUCGUCGAACUAUAGUUAAUGAGAACAUACAGAAGUACCUGCGAAGCAAAGUUCAACCACUGUUUUAUUACUUCAAGAACAUCACUGAUGACUGGACAAAGUUUCCAUCCAGACUUGCUGACCAAUACAAUCUAGAUAAUGCCAUCUCUCUGGCCUGCUCAGCUGGUCUAGAGGACUGUGUUAAUCUCACCACAGAGUGGUACCGCCUGUGGAUGGAGAAUCCUGACAAAAACUCGAUUAACCCCAGUAUGAGGAGGACAGUGUACUGUAAUGGAAUCGCUGCUGGAGGUGUUGACGAGUGGCUAUUCGCCUGGAAGAUGUACUUUACCAGCAGCAGUGCUGCAGAAAAGGAGCGGCUGCAAUAUGCUUUAUCCUGCACCAGAUAUAAUGAGAUUUUGAAUCUAUACCUGAAUUACACAUUAAAGUCAAGCGUGAUCCCAAAGGAUCAAGCCGCUUCUAUCAUUUGUCAUAUUGCUGAUAAUGAGGUUGGACGGCCGUUAGCCUGGAACUUCAUCAGAGCCAACUGGAUGAUUAUUUUCAAUGAGCUCGGAGAAAAAGCGUUCAUGUCCAGUGUUUAUUGUGGAACCAAAAGAUUAUUCAGUGGAAUUGAGCUGCUAAUGUUACACCUGUUUAAAUUCAACAUCAGCAAAGCUGGAAUUGAGCCUGCAGUGAAGAUGGUGGACCUGGUCAUCAUGUUCACUGAAAAUAACAUGAGCUGGAUGGCGAAACAUUCAGGAGAAGUGAUGAGCUGGCUACAGGAAGAACUGGCCUGAGAGCCGGUAAACUUCCUUCUGUUACUGUUUUUUCAUUCUGUCAUGGCUGGAUUCUUUUAGGUUUGUCUUAUGAUGCUAAAGGGUUAUAGUUUUUCACUGUGGAGCAAAAACAAAAUAUAUACUGUAAUAUACCUACUGUAAUAUUUUAGCAUUUGUUUUUUUUUGGCUUGGGGCCUUUUUACAUGUAAUAUUUCUUCUACUAAAUAGAAAUCCAAUUGCAAUAAAAAUGGGACACUGUGUAAAAUGUUGAUAAAUAUUAAUUAAAAAAAAUAGCAAUGAUUUUUCACACAGAAGCUCAUUUAAAAUAUCUGAAUUUGACCACAGAACAAUUUUUCAUUUUGUUUCAGUCAUUUAAAAAAACUUUGACCCAGAGAAGACAGCAGCAUUUCUGAAUUGUGCUGGCAUAUGGCUUAUUCUCUCAAUACAGCCUGUUUUUAAUGCAGUGCUGCCUGAGGGCCCGAAGAUCCCCAGCAUCACCAGUAUUGUCUGUUGGCCUUGUCCCUAUUACACAGGGAAUUCUCCAGAUUCUCAGAUUUUGUUUUGAUGAUACUAUCUACUAACGAUGAAGAUCUUCAAAGACUUUGCAGUUUUACAUUUAGGAACAUUGUUCCACAAUUUUUAAACCCAGCUGUUCGCGGAUCAGUGCAGAUCUGCCAAUCUUCGCUUCUGAGAAACUCUAAAUGUCUCUAUAAAAUGCUCUUUUAAUACCCAGCUACUGUGUGAGUUAGUUGCACAUUACUCUUUUUUAUUAGCUGUUUUUAUUAGAACUUCUUGCUUUUCCAGCCUUUUGUUGCAAAAAUGCCAACUUUUUGUUUUAAAUUGCAUUUUAUAUUUUAUAUGUACAGUACAGGCCAAAAGUUUGGACAAGCCUUCGCUUUUUCAA